AUGUCGACAACAGAGAAAGUUGAGACCAAAGUUAAGACUUCGAAAAGUGAGAAAAUGCUCCCUGCACAGGAGGCGGCCAAAAUCUACCACACCAACUACGUCAGGAACGCGCGAGCCGUCGGCGUCCUGUGGGCGAUAUUCACCAUCUGUUUUUCCAUCAUAGAAAUGGUGGUGUUCAUCCAACCGUACUGGAUCGGGGACAGCGUCAACACCCCGCAGGCUGGAUACUUCGGACUGUUUCACUACUGUAUCGGCAACGCCCUGACCUCCGAGCUCAUCUGUAAAGGCAAAGCACUUAAAAGGGGCCAAUCUGCAGUUAAUACAUCAAUUUCUGGACUUAAAAAUGAAUGAUAUGAACCCGUUGAUUCUUGGAGAAUAUAACUUAUGAGCUUAGUUAAGCUUAGUUAAACUAUUGUACCUCAUCAAAACCCAAACUAUAAGCUUGUUUUACUCCAAUGUUUGUAAACAAAGUAAAUGUAAUCAAUCACUGUAUAGCCUCAAAAUAUGGUUACAAAUAUAAUUUUGAUAUCAUGGAUGGUCAGUCCUUGCAUCCAUAGCUCUGUCUAUACAUUUGAGAGUGGUAACAUUUCUCCAGCCCCAUCCCUCCGAUUUUUUACCGAAACAGUGGCAGUGAGUCGCUUUGUAAUUGUUUCAACAGCAGAUUGCCCCUUUAAAGGGUCACUUUACUCAAUAACUAUCUUUUAGUAUUUUGUUAAUUAGUCCACCGUUGACACAAUGUCAGCAGUUAAUUUUUCAAGACAGAGCACCUUCAGUACAGAGUAAAGACUGUGAUGGGGAUGCAAAACGCAUCCCAUUGAACCAUUGCUAUAAAACGCAUCCCAUUGAACCAUUGCUAUAAAACGCAUCCCAUUGAACCAUUGCUAUAAAACGCAUCCCAUUGAACCAUUGCUAUAAAACGCAUCCCAUUGAACCAUUGCUAUUAAACGCAUCCCAUUGAACCAUUGCUAUAAAACGCAUCCUAUUGAACCAUUGCUAUAAAACGCAUCCCAUUGAACCAUUGCUAUAACCACUAAACUGCUUAAUGGGCACCAUAGUAUGGCUGCCCUAUGCUCCAACCCUCAGAGAUCCUAUUACAUUCUAAUCAUAUUAUGUAAUUCUCUGCUCCAACCUCUAUGUAUGUGUUGCCUAUUUUUCAUUGGACAUCAGAGAACAUUGCAGUAAUCUUCUACUUCUUCUUCUUCCCCUCCUCCUCCUCCUCCUCCUCCUCCUCCUCCUCCUCUCCUUCAUAAAGGAAGUGCCUUGGACUUUGCGUCCAUCCCGUCCCCAGCCUUUAGGACAGCCCUCUUCUUCGUGGGUACGUCCAUGCUGCUGAUAGUGGGAUGUAUGGUCUGUUUCACUCUGUUCUGGUUUUGCAACACCGGGAGCGUCUACAAGAUCUGUGGGUGGAUGCAGUUUGCAUCAGGUGAGAUUAGAAGACAUUCUCUAACCUGCACAUUUUAAUGUAUAGUGUCCCAUGUUUGGUGAGCCAAAUGUAAUAAUAAUAAUAAUAAUAAAUGUAUAUCCAGGAGCGGGCCUAGGGGAGAUUGGGGGGGCCGUUUCAAAAUGCCCUUGCUGGUCCACCUCUGUAUCCUGCCUCUAGGCAACCUUGGCUCAUGAACAGUCAUACCGGCCCCUGGUUGUAGUUCUGUCAUACCGGCCCCUGGUUGUAGUUCUCAUCCCUAUUGUCCAGGAGAGGUGACAAACCUAUCGUGUCCAGUCAGUGACACCCCAGUGAAAUCUUUCCUCUUUCAGAGGUGGCGUGCGUCCAGUGCUAUCGUCACUAGGUGACAACAACACUGUGGACGCCAGCCCAAAGGGAUUCUGUUUCAGUCCAGACUCUGACACCUAUGUUCACACAAUACAUGUAACAUGAUACAUGUAUCGUUUUGUCUCUCGGUACGAGUCUACAUCUACAUGAAAGGUUCCGUACACGCUCGGGUUUUACAGCUGAUGUACAAGGCUUUUGACAGAACUGUUGUGAUACAUCAGAUAUUUUUUGAUGAGCUUGUCUGCACAAAAGUUUUGACACAACCAUUGUGGAUAGUCUCCACUGUGCCUGUCUGUCCCUCCCCCAGACAUACAGUACACAUUCACUCAUUCAUUCAUUGUAUUUCUAUACACUCACCUCCAUAUGUAUUCAGACAGUAAAUUAUAAAUGUGUCUCUAUAUGCCAGCAUUUGGGAAUUUGAGAACAAAUGUUUCAUAUGAGGCGACAGUACAGAAUGUCACCUUUCACUUGAGGGUAUUUUCAUACAUAUCUGUUUUAUCGUUUAGAAAUAAAAGCUCUUUAUCUAUCUAGUCCCCCUAAUUUGAAGGAGUCAUAAGUAUUUGGACAAAUUCACUUACAGUGUAUUAAAGUAGUGUAGUGUAGUGUAGUAUUUUGUCCCAUAUUCCUUGCACUCAAUGACUACAUACAAAUUGUGACUUUACAAACUUGGAUGCAUUUGCAGUUUGUUUUGGUUGUGUUUCAGAUUACACUCUGCCCAAUAGGAACAUUUGAUCUCAAAUCCAAAAUGUUGGAGUAUAGAGACAAAUGAAAAUGUUUAGCUUCACUGUCCAAAUACAGUGGGGGAAAAAAAGUAUUUAGUCAGCCACCAAUUGUGCAAGUUCUCCCACUUAAAAAGAUGAGAGAGGCCUGUAAUUUUCAUCAUAGGUACACGUCAACUAUGACAGACAAAAUGAGAAUUUCUUUUCCAGAAAAUCGAAUUUAGUAGGAUUUUUAAUUAAUUUAUUUGCAAAUUAUGGUGGAAAAUAAGUAUUUGGUCAAUAACAAAAGUUUCUCAAUACUUUGUUAUAUACCCUUUGUUGGCAAUGACACAGGUCAAACGUUUUCUGUAAGUCUUCACAAGCUUUUCACACACUGUUGCUGGUAUUUUGGCCCAUUCCUCCAUGCAGAUCUCCUCUAGAGCAGUGAUGUUUUGGGGCUGUCGCUGGGCAAACACAGACUUUCAACUCCCUUCCAAAGACUUUCUAUGGGGUUGAGAUCUGGAGACUGGCUAGGCCACUCCAGGACCUUGAAAUGCUUCUUACGAAGCCACUCCUUCGUUGCCCGGGCGGUGUGUUUGGGAUCAUUGUCAUGCUGAAAGACCCAGCCAUGUUUCAUCUUCAAUGCCCUUGCUGAUGGAAGGAGGUUUUCACUCAAAAUCUCACGAUACAUGGCCCCAUUCAUUCUUUCCUUUACACGGAUCAGUCGUCCUGGUCCCUUUGCAGAAAAACAGCCCCAAAGCAUGAUGUUUCCACCCCCAUGCUUCACAGUAGGUAUGGUGUUCUUUGGAUGCAACUCAGCAUUCUUUGUCCUCCAAACACUUUUUACCAAAAAGUUCUAUUUUGGUUUCAUCUGACCAUAUGACAUUCUCCCAAUCCUCUUCUGGAUCAUCCAAAUGCACUCUAGCAAACUUCAGACGGGCCUGGACAUGUACUGGCUUAAGCAGGGGGACACGUCUGGCACUGCAGGAUUUGAGUCCCUGGCGGCGUAGUGUGUUACUGAUGGUAGGCUUUGUUACUUUGGUCCCAGCUCUCUGCAGGUCAUUCACUAGGUCCCCCCCGUGUGGUUCUGGGAUUUUUGCUCACCGUUCUUGUGAUCAUUUUGACCCCACGGGGUGAGAUCUUUUGCGUGGAGCCCCAGAUUAUCAGUGGUCUUGUAUGUCUUCCAUUUCCUAAUAAUUGCUCCCACAGUUGAUUUCUUCAAACCAAGCUGCUUACCUAUUGCAGAUUCAGUCUUCCCAGCCUGGUGCAGGUCUACAAUUUUGUUUCUGGUGUCCUUUGACAGCUCUUUGGUCUUGGCCAUAGUGGAGUUUGGAGUGUGACUGUUUGAGGUUGUGGACAGGUGUCUUUUAUACUGAUAACACGUUCAAACAGGUGCCAUUAAUACAGGUAACGAGUGGAGGACAGAGGAGCCUCUUAAAGAAGAAGUUACAGGUCUGUGAGAGCCAGAAAUCUUGCUUGUUUGUAGGUGACCAAAUACUUAUUUUCCACCAUAAUUUGCAAAUAAAUUCAUUACAAAUCCUACAAUGUGAUUUUCUGGAUUUUUUUUCUUCACAAUUUGUCUGUCAUAGUUGACGUGUACCUAUGAUGAAAAUUACAGGCCUCUCUCAUCUUUUUAAGUGGGAGAACUUGCACAGUUGGUGGCUGACUAAAUACUUUUUUCCCCCACUGUACAUAUGGAGGUCACACAGGUCAGCGUAUAUAUCCUUGGUCUGUCCCCCCAGCCAUCCUGAAGGUGAUGGGCUGUUUGAUCUACCCUGACGGCUAAGAAGCUCCCUGUCUGCGUAACUGACUGUCUAACCCAUUCAAGCUUUCCCACAGGUCUUUUGAGUAAAAAACAACAACAUAUAUACAGUAUUAAUAUAUAUAAUUUAUAUAUGUGCAUUCGGAAAGUAUUCACACCCCUUGACUUUUUCCACAUUUUGUUAGGUUACAGCCUUAUUCUAAAAUUGAUUAAAAUAUGUUUUUUUCCCCCCGCAUCAAUCUACACACAAAACCCCAUAAUGACAAAGCAAAAACAGUUAUUUAGACAUUUUUGCAAAAAUAAAAUGUUCAAAAAACGUACAUAUCACAUUUACAUAAGUAUUCAUACCCUUUACUCAGUACUUUGUUGAAGCACCUUUGGCAGCGAUUACAGCCUUGAGUCUUCUUGGGUAUGACGCUACAAGCUUGGAACACCUGUAUUUGGGGAGUUUCUCCCAUUCUUCUCUGCAGAUCCUCUCAAGCUCUGUCAGGUUGGAUGGGGAGCGUUGCUGCACAGCUGUUUUCAGGUCUCUCCAGAGAUGUUCGAUCGGGUUCAAGUCCAGGCUCUGGUUGGGCCACUCAAGGACAUUCCGAGACUUGUCCCGAAGCCACUCCUGCGUUUUCUUGGCUGUGUGCUUAGGGUCGUUGUCCUGUUGUAAGGAGAACCUUCGCCCCGUUCAUCUUUCCCUCGAUCCUGCCUAGUCUCCCAGUCCCUGCCACUGAAAAAGAUCCCCACAGCAUUAUGCUGCCACCACCAUGCUUCCCCGUAGGGAUGGUGCCAGGUUUCCUCCAGACGUGACGCUUGGCAUUCAGGCCAAAGAGUUCAAUCUUGGUUUCAUCAGUCCAGGGAAUCUUGUUUCUCAUGGUCUGAGAGUCCUUUAGGUGCCUUUUGGCAAACUCCAAGCAGGCUGUCAUGUGCCUUCCGUCUGGCCACUCUACCAUAAAGGCCUGACUGGUGGAUUGCUGCAGAGAUGGUUGUCCUUCUAGAAGGUUCUCUCAUCUCCACAGAUGAACUCUGGAGAUCUGUCAGAGUGACCAUCGGGUUCUUGGUCACCUCCCUGACCAAGGCCCUUCUCCCCUGAUUGCUCAGUUUGGCCGGGUGGCCAAACUUCUUCCAUUUCAGAAUUAUGGAGGCCACUGUGUUCUUGGGGACCUUCAAUGCUGCAGACAUUAUUUGGUAUCCUCGACACAAUCCUGUCUCAGGGCUCCACGGACAAUUCCUUUGACCUCAUGGCUUGGUUUUUGCUCUGACAUGCACUGUCAACUGUGGAACCUUAUAUAGACAGGUAGUGUGCCUUUCCAAAUCAUGUUCAAUCAAUUGAAUUUACCACAGGUGGACUCCACUCAAGUUGUAGAAACAUCUCAAGGAUGAUGAAUGGAAACAGGAUGCACCUGAGCUCAAUUUCGAGUCUCAUAGCAAAGGGUCUGAAUACUUAUGUAAAUAAGGUAUUUCUGUUUUUGUUUAUUUAUACAUUUGCAAACAUUUAUAAAAGCCUGUUUUCCUUUUGCAUUAUGGAGUAUUGUGUGUAGAUUGAUGAGGAUACUUUUAUAUUUAAUCCAUUUUAGAAUAAGGCUGUAACAUAACAAAAUGUGGAAAAAGGGAAGGGUUCUGAAGACAUUCCGAAUGCACUGUAUAUACUGAACAAAAACAUAAACGCAACAUGCAACAAUUUCAACGAUUUUACUGAGUUACAGUUCAUAUGAGGAAAUCAGUCAAUUGAAAUAAAUUAAUUAGGCCCUAAUCUUUGGAUUUCACAUGACUGGGAAUACUGACAUGCAUCUGUUGGUCACAGAUACCUUUAAAAAAUGGGCCUAAUGAUUUUUUUUUAACAGUGAGUAAAUAUAAUCAAUUUUAAGUGCGGCCCUCCGGACCACGGUGAAGACCGAAUGCGGCCCACGGUGAAAAUGAGUUUGGCACACCUGGUCUAAUCCUAAUGGUAAUGUCUGUCUGUCUGUCUGUCCCUCCCCAGCCAUCCUGAUGGUAAUGUCUGUCUGUCUGUCCCUCCCCAGCCAUCCUGAUGGUGAUGGGCUGUAUGAUCUACCCUGACGGCUGGGACGCCCCGGAGGUGAAGAGGAUGUGUGGCGAGAUGACAGACAAGUACACCCUGGGGAACUGUACGGUGAGGUGGACCUACAUCCUGGCUAUCAUCUGUGUCCUGGACUCUCUCAUCCUGGCCUUCCUAGCCUUCACACUGGGGAACAGACAGGACAAACUGCUGCCGGACGACUUCGAGGUGGAGGGGCAAGGUGAGAGGAUAAAAUUAGGUGAUACUUGUUGCAUGAGGGAUUAAUUCUAAAUGUUUGGGGGGGGGGGGGGGGGGGGGACAGAAGAGUAAAGGUUUUGGAGUGUGGGACACUGGGAUUAUCUCAGGACAUCUCCCUACUUUUUUAUUUAUCAAAUUUUAAUUCAUCCCGUUUCCAUUACAGAAAACCAAUGA